UCCGGGCAGAGACAACAGCAGCCGGCAGGCCUCUAUACCCUGUUCACCUGGAAACAUGUGCCCACCUGGAGCUGACAGGCAGGUGUCCUGUCCACCAGGGACCUACCAGGGUUCACCAGGACAGGCAGAGUGUGUUGAAUGUCCAGCAGGAUUUUAUUGUCCUGGCUCAGUGGAGGCUGGCACUGGGCAUGUAUCUGGGACUCGGACUCCCGUGCUGUGUCCUGAAGGACACUACUGCCCAGCAGGAGUGCAGUCUGGUGUAGCAUUUCCAUGCCCAGCUGGUGCCUUCAGCAGGCAGAUGGGAUUGCCCAAUAAGUCGGGCUGCGAGCUCUGUCCACCAGGCAGAUACUGUGGCUCCUCCGGACUGGCUGCUCCCACCGGGGUUUGCUCUCCUGGUUACCUCUGUGUCAGUGGUUCUGUCUCUGCUCAGCCAGAGGAGGGCCCAACCGGAGGCCGCUGCUCUGCAGGCUCCUACUGCCCCCAGGGUGCCACCUAUAUGGUUCCCUGCCCUGCAGGCACCUUCAGCUCCAUAGACGGUGACAUGUCACACUGA